AUGACAUAUUGUAUAAGUUUGUCGUGCGCAUGUAACAGUUCCAGUGUGACAAAAGUAUUGUGGGAUCGACUAAAUGUAAAUCCUGUCUGUUCUGGAUGUGCUAAUAGUGAUCACAUGAUUGAUGAAUAUAGUUUAGCAUGCAUUUCUUUGAAUUGUCCUACAAAAAUAUUUAUUGGAAAUACAAGUCAAUCCGUGACCUGCCAGAGAUGCGGCAAUGAUGAAAUUGAAGUUUAUACCUAUGAAAAUGGAACCUUUAGAAAUAAUUUGAAAUGUGUCAAAUGCUCCCCGGGCUUCCGACCGACAGUUGAUAAGAAAAAAUGUGUUCCGUGCACAACACAAAUAUUAAUUGGAAAUGAAUUAAAACGUGUUUGUACUUGCCCUAAUAAGACUCAUAUUUUUGAAGAAAACAUAUGCAUUCCAAAAACCUUAUAUGGUAAUCUAUGGGGUGAAAAUGAUCACACAUUUAGAAAUUACUCUUACGAUUCGCAAGUCAUUAGGAAACAUCUGAUGCCGUGUUUGUUUCAGUGCAAGUUGCAAAUGACAUCAGGCUGCCAAUGCUUAGGUAAUCUUUGUGCAUUAAGACUAUAUUCAAAAUUGUGGCUACCAUGUUCAUUGUGGCCUCCCGAAAUGCCAAAUGGUAUGCAGCUGCCUAAAAUCAUGUAUGAAGAAGGAGAUGCUCAUGCAGAAUUAAACAGACGGAAACCUGAUACUGUUUUUGGUCUACAUGAUAAGCCUCUAAACCUGACUUUGGUUAGUUACGCUGCAAAUGGUGAAAAUAUAACUACCCGAUUUAUUACUCCUGGUUGGUUGGAUCCUUGUGAAGGUAAUCCGGGAUAUUAUCAAAGUGAUAUAUCGUUUGGAAAACCCCUCACAUCCACAUGUCGCGUCACUAUGCAUCACCUAUUUAAAAAUGUAGAAGCAGGUGUACUUCAUGAAUUAUAUCUUAAUUAUAAAGAUCCAAGUAGUGAUUUAGAUUAUAUGCUACCCGUGCCUGUGUUAAUUGAAAAUAUGGGUCACACAUAUGAUGAGAAUGCGGAUUCGUCCAAUUGGAUAUUAGUGCGUAGAUUCUUCUUAACCGAUUCUUAUCCACAACGCCGAUACCACACUGGCUUAGUUCGAUAUGCAUCUUCUCUCAUCUUGCUAGUUAAACUACGUACUGAUGCUCCUGGAAAAAUCUAUGCUCCAAUUUUAUUGGUAAAUUACAAAAUAAAAGAAUGGAAACCUGAUGAGUUUGUAAAUAUACAUUCGGAGGCAAUGCUUUUGACCCUGUCUACUUUGGCAAUAUUCUGGUCUGCUAUAGUAGCGUGGUCUUAUUCACGACGUUCUGGACUUCCCGUGUUCAAUAUAUAUGGGUUUAUAAGGUUCUUUCUAGUUUUAUGCGGUAAGAUAUCAGAUGCCCUGCUACUUUCUGCAUUGUUAUGUGGAAUUAUGGCCAGAAUGUUGUACUUUACUUUGCAAUCAUCAACUGCAAUGUCAAUUGUAUCCAGGAACGACGAAGAAGAAUAUUUAAUAAAGGCAUUUUUAAUUGUUGCACUAGCAUUAAAGAUCAUAGAAGUGAUUCAAAUAUUACACCAUCAGUUAACUAUAGAUAUAUUUCUAAUUGAUUGGGAAAAACCAAGAGCAAUGAAUUGUUUACCAAGAUCAAUAUCCAACACAACGGGCACAAAUCGAGAAACAACUGAUGACAUCACACCACCACCACCUAUAAGCGUUUGGCGAAGUUAUUUAGUCGCGAACGAGUGGAAUGAGCUCCAAGUCUUCCGCAAAGUCCAUGGUCUCGGGCAUGCUUUGCUUGUCGCUAUAAUUGCCGAAAUUUUAGGGUUAUCCCAUAAUAAUUUAUCGCAGACUGAUUUAUUAGGAUUUUCGGUCUUAUUAUACUUAUCUUUAUAUUUUUUACAAAUGCUGCUGAGGUUAGGCAUUUAUGAAAGAUACAUGAAUGCUGGAUUAGUUGGAUUUGUAGAUUUAUGCAGCCUAGCUAAUAUAUCAAUGUUGAUUGUUUCUUUGGAUCAAUUUGGUUAUUAUAUACAUGGAAGAUCUCCUUAUGGAUUUGCCGAUACAGAUAUGCGAAGUAUGCUACUACAAUUGCAAAGGGAAGAGCAAGGUCUUUGUGGAACAAGAGGUUUAUUGAAAGACUCGACGCAGCAAACUUUUACUGCUCGCUUGCCAUCAGCUUUGAGAGCUUAUUAUCGUAAAAUGACAUUUCCUUUGACGGAGCAAGGGAGGUAUGGAAGAGCUACUGGCACCAGAGCGAUGUCCGAUUCCGAACGAAUUGAAAAAUGCGUGCAAGCUUAUAGGAAUAUCAAUAGAUUUCUGGCUUCAUUUAUAGAUCAUUGUCGCGUGCGGCCGCAGGCGUUACGGGACCUGGACUACGAGGUACGUGAACGAGGCCCCGUCGAACGUUUACUAGAUGCCGAGAGCACAGUAAUAGCAGGCACCGUCGAUGGACCACCGAAAAUAGGAGGCGUAUUUUAUCCUGAUGGCGGUCAUGCAUUCGAUGCUGUCCUUUGGUACGGCCAGGAAUGGACUUGGGCUACCGUUGAGUUACUGAUGUUCCUUGUGACGCUGAUUGGAUGUGAAAAUGUAGCAGUGUCUUCAGUGACAGUCGCUAUUAUUAUUCAAAUUCUCGCUUUGGUUACAAAAUCACUUGCUAAGAGAAACCUGGCUGAAAAAACAUUAAUAGACAAAAGAUUCUUGAUCUAA